UGCAUCGUUAUACUUCGAUACUCUUCUUUCUCUUCUUGCAACUGCUCUUUUCUGUCCAACCAUGUCACCGAGUAGUGACCUCGGCAACUGGUCGUGGCUGGUGGCAACUCUUGCAGAAAAACAUUGGCAUAGUAGCUAUGCAUAUGCAACUCCUCAAUAAUGACCGUGUAGUAAUCUAUGAUAGAACUGACUAUGGUAAGUCCAAUAUUUCAUUACCACAUGGAAAAUGUCGAAAUAAUUCACGGGAGUUGGUGAUCAAAUAUGACUGCACCGCUCAUUCUGUUGAGUAUGAUGUCUUGGCUAAUAAAUUCAGGCCACUUAUGGUCCAAACCGAUGUUUGGUGUUCUUCAGGUGCUGUAGUCCCUGAUGGGAGUCUGAUUCAGACCGGUGGUUUCAAUGAUGGUAGACGUAAGGUCCGGACUUUCUAUCCAUGCAAUGGUGAUUGUGAUUGGGUAGAAACUGGUGAUGGUCUUAAGGCAAGAAGAUGGUAUGCCACUAAUCAUAUUCUGCCAGAUGGGAAGCAAAUCGUUAUUGGUGGCAGAAGGCAAUUCAAUUAUGAAUUUUAUCCGAAAACUUCUUCCCCUAAUGUCUACAGUUUGCCAUUUCUAUUGCAAACUAAUGAUCGUGGCAUUGAAAACAACUUAUAUCCAUUUGUUUUUCUCAAUAGUGAUGGGAAUUUAUUCAUUUUCGCUAAUAAUCGAGCCAUAUUGUUCGAUUACAAGACGGGCAAGGUGGUGAAGACUUAUCCCGCAAUACCUGGAGGUGAUCCAAGAAGCUAUCCAAGUACAGGUUCUGCAGUGUUGCUUCCCUUGAAGAACUUAGAUGCUGCAACUAUUGAAGCUGAGGUUUUGGUAUGUGGAGGUGCACCAAAAGGGUCUUUUGAAAUGGCGACAAAACGUAAAUCGGCAGAACGUAAAUUUAACAAAGCUUUAGAUACUUGUGGCCGGAUCAAGAUAAACGAACCAAGUCCUCAAUGGGUAAUGGAAACUAUGCCCUGUGCUAGAGUAAUGGGCGAUAUGACAUUGCUUCCGAACGGCGUUGUUUUGAUCAUUAACGGAGCUGGAGAUGGUACUGCAGGGUGGGAAAAUGGGCGACGUCCAGCCUUGAGCCCCGUCCUCUAUUGGCCCGACGGUGCAGCAGGUUCAAGGUUUGAGCAGCUAAAUCCAAGUACAAUCCCGAGAAUGUACCAUUCCACAGCAAUUUUGCUUCGUGAUGGCAGGGUUCUUGUUGGUGGAAGCAAUCCCCAUAUUGGAUAUGACUUCACAGGGGUCUUAUUUCCAACUGAAUUGAGUUUAGAAGCAUUCUCGCCACCAUAUUUGGAUUCAAAAAAUAAGCACUUGAGACCAAAAAUUGUCUCAUCAACCGCUUCCAAAGGUAAAUAUAUUGGUUACGGACAAAAAUUGUGGGUAAGGUUCAAGGUCAUAGGAAAAUUAAAAGCAGAUAUGGUGUCGGUGACAAUGGUUGCACCAGCAUUCAACACACAUUCCUUUUCCAUGAAUCAUAGGCUGCUGGCACUCAGGAACGAGAAUGUGACCUAUGUGCGCACAUCAAUUUAUGACAUUCAAGUCACGACGCCCAGUUCCGGAUACCUCGCACCCUCAGGUUAUUACAUGUUAUACGUGGUUCAUCAAUAUAUUCCUAGCAUAGGCAUUUGGGUCAAAUUAUAUAUCUAAACGUGUAGAUUCAUAUGUUGCUUUGGCAUAAUUGUGCCAAUACACAGGUUGGUUUAUCU